AAUCAGCCCACCAUCGCAUUACCUUUAUAGCUAAUUCUAAGAUUUGAAUUUUCUACGUUCUUCGGAUACCAGAAAAAUGUCAGGUCGGGGCAAGGGCGGCAAGGGUCUGGGAAAGGGUGGCGCAAAGCGGCAUCGUAAGGUGCUGAGGGAUAAUAUCCAGGGUAUAACUAAGCCGGCCAUCCGCCGUUUGGCUCGAAGGGGUGGCGUCAAGCGUAUAAGUGGUCUAAUCUACGAGGAAACUCGAGGUGUUCUCAAGAUCUUCCUUGAAAAUGUCAUUAGGGACGCUGUUACCUACACAGAGCAUGCCCGUCGGAAGACUGUUACUGCUAUGGAUGUUGUGUACGCGUUGAAGAGGCAGGGCCGUACCUUGUAUGGUUUUGGCGGUUAAUAGUUGCUAUCGGGUUCUAGGGUUAGGGUUUGGCGAUUGUAAAUGGGGGUUUUCCUUGGGAUCUCUGGGAUUUCAAUUAGUGUUGUUUUUUCAUCAGAUCUUAAAUUAAUGAAAAUCUCUUUUCAUUUACGCCA